ACAGACACCAUAAUUCCAUCAUAAUAAUCGCGCGUCGUCGUGAGUCGUCUCUGCUCUGAAUGCCAAACGCCAGUGACAUGCAGCUAUUAUUUUCAUUUUAAAAAUGGAACGGAUUAUAAUCAGUGUAUUGUUGUAUCUCUUAGUUCUCAUUCUUCCUCAAAGCAACGCCCUCGAAUGCUACGUUUGUGACAAUCAGGAAGGAAAUGUCGAAAAAUGCCUUAAUACUAUUAAAACAUGCGAGCAGGGUCAAGAUGUAUGUUACUCCGAAAUUAAAUGGGGCAGUACACCAUAUUGGUCUCAAGGAGCAAUAAAACAAUACUAUAUUUCCAAACGGUGUUCAGCCAAAAAAGAAUGCGAGCGAUUAAGACGAAAUAAUAUGAAAGAUUGCACGCAUAUUUGGUACCAAGAUUGGAAGUGUUCAGAAUGUUGCCAGGGUGACCGUUGCAAUUAUUACAUAAUUCUGGAUAUCAUAAAUCUUCUUGGGAUGGAUAUCAUGUACAGAACUUUGAGUCGCAAGAAAGAAAUUACCUUGCCCCAAGAAUCUAAAUUAGCAAGAUGUUUGUCAACUCUUGACCUAACUGCUCUUGGUAUAGGAUCAACCCUUGGUGUAGGAAUUUAUGUAUUGGCCGGUUCUGUCUCCCGAGAUAUUGCUGGCCCAGCUGUGAUCAUCUCAUUUGCAAUAGCUGCCAUAGCUUCUGUAUUUGCAGGUCUCUGCUAUGCUGAGUUUGGGGCCAGAGUACCAAGAGCUGGAUCUGCAUAUGUCUAUAGCUACGUUGCUGUGGGUGAAUUUGUGGCAUUUCUCAUAGGAUGGACUUUGAUCCUCGAGUAUGUGAUCGGCUCUGCCAGUGUCGUUCGAGCACUAAGUACAUACGUGGACGCGCUAUUCAAUAACACCAUGAGGACAGCGUUCCAGUCUGUCAUGCCUAUAGAAGUCAACCACCUCUCCGCUUAUCCAGACUUCUUUGCCUUUGGAAUAACUCUAGUAUUUUCUGCUGCUCUUGCCUUUGGGGCAAAGGAAUCAUCCUUAGCAAAUAACAUUUUCACAUUGAUUAACUUAUUGGUUGUGCUGUUUGUCAUCAUUGCUGGUUCCUUCAAAGCGGAUGUCUCUAACUGGCAAUCCACACCAGAAUGCACUGUCUCCAAAUGUAUGUGGGGUACUGGAGGGUUUGCACCAUAUGGAGUUGCUGGUAUCAUAAGUGGAGCAGCAACCUGCUUUUAUGGAUUUAUUGGAUUUGACUGUGUAGCUACAACAGGCGAAGAAGCAAAAAACCCUCAGAAGUCCAUUCCUAUUGCAAUUGUUGCUUCUCUGACAAUUGUAUUUCUAGCCUACUUUGGUAUUUCAACAGUUUUGACCAUGGUUAUCCCAUACUAUGACCAGAAUGCUGAUGCCCCAUUGCCUCAUCUUUUUGAGACAAUAGGAUGGAAUUGGGCCAAAUAUGCUGUAUCCGUUGGAGCCAUUUGUGGCCUAUGCGCAAGCUUGCUUGGUUCAAUGUUCCCGUUACCAAGAGUUAUCUAUGCUAUGGCCAGCGAUGGUUUGAUUUUCAAAUGGAUGGGUGCAAUCAACCAACGUUUUCAAACCCCAUUGCUAGGUACUCUCUGCACUGGGCUACUCACAGGCGUGCUAGCUGCAAUGUUUGAGCUUAAACAGCUUGUUGAUAUGAUGAGCAUUGGUACACUAUUGGCAUAUUCCAUUGUUGCAGCCUGUGUACUUAUUUUGAGGUACGAAGAAGGUGAGGCUUAUGAGAAAAAAGAUGACCGUGCCCUAAAGAGUUUCAGGUUCAUUGCAAGACAAUUUAUCAAUGGGAACAAUCUGCAAUAUUCAACAAGACUAACAGCCAGACUGGUUACAUGGCUGGUAUUCUUGUACUUUAUAAUCUGUGCUUGUACAUCACUGGUCAUAGCACUAUUCUGGGAUAAUAUAGUGCGAGCUGAACCACUGAUAACAACAUUGUUUGUACUGCUACUAGCCUGUCUAGUUAGCAUACUCACAUUUGUGUAUCUCCAACCAGUAUCUGGGAAAAAGCUCACUUUUUCUGUACCCUUGGUACCCUUCUUACCAGGUCUCAGUAUUAUGAUCAAUGUUUACUUGAUGCUGAUGUUGGAUAGCAUGACUUGGGUUCGAUUCGGAGUGUGGAUGGCUAUUGGGCUCGCUGUGUACUUUUUUUAUGGUAUGUGGCACAGCACUCUACGACAGAAGAAAGUUAUUCUUGAAGCAACAUCUUAGAGAUAUAUGUACAUUUUAAAUGGUCGUAGAAUAUUAAGGAAAUAAUUUAUACCAUGAUGUCGGCAAGAGACAAAACCAAGAGCGUCACCUUUUACCAUUGCUGUAAAACAUUGAAAAUUGACUUGUUAGCAAUGAUCUUGUGCCACCAAUGUUGAGGUUGAAUCAACAAUGUAUCAUACUAAGCUUCGAAUAAAUUGAACCUGGACAUACCUAA